CCAAAAAGAGGAUAAACGGAAAAGGAUGAUAAGGAGGAGCAUUAACUCCCGUUGAUGAAGCUUGAGGAUGCAUAGAAGGGAGUGUCAAGGGUGAGUUUAGGCACAGGCUCUACCCGCCUCCAUCUCUUAUUGUGGCGCUUUAGUGAAAUCCAGACCUCAGCUCACCUGCUCCGAACUCGGGGACUUUCAAAUCCCGCUCCCAGGUAUCCACCUUGCGCAGGUGCUGAUAUACCAGGUUGUUCUUCUCCUGAGCUGUCCCUGCUUCCUCGAGCGCGGAAUCCAACUGGGUCUGAGCGGGUAAAAGGCCAGCCAAGCCGCCAUCCACCGCCAUCUUGCCUUUCGCCUGCCUCCUUAAGAGGGAAUCCUCCUCUCUGCCGUUUCGUUGUCAGUACAUUCGAGAGAGUACUCUGUUCAGUGGAGCAAAUCGUUGUUAUCGUCAUCACGCACCGUAUCGUGAAAAAAAAUAUAUAAAUGUCAUUUUAUAACAACAACAAAAAUGAGGUUUCGGAUGAAUGGUUUUCAUUUUUAUAGGAAAAAGUAUUUCAAAAAAAGUACCGCAAAUCGCAUAUUCGACAAGAAAUACCCAGUAGUAAUUUGGAGGCAGUGGAUUCGGAAGAAGUGAAAAUGAAAACGCUUGGUAAAAUAAAUAAAGGAAGCUAUUAAAAUGGUCGUACAAAAUCCUAAGGGUUGUGUUUUUAAUUUUUUAAGCAAAGGGAAUACCGAGGUGAAGAGUGGCGAAAGCGUAGGGCCCAUUGGAAUGACACACGAGGAAGGCGGCAACAGCAGACAAGGAGGGAAUGGAAGACUUGGGAAUUGGUGUUGUUAUCAAACGAGGCAAGUGACUUGGGACUGGCUACAUCCUGCGAAUCUAGCUUGUUCUCCUUAAGCCUGCACACUUACAUGGAAGUAAGCCUCGCUGAAUGGCGCUUACUUCCAAAUAUGCAAUAGGAUUGACUUGCACAAGAUUCUGCCCUGCACGACAGAGUUGGUUUUUUUUAUGUGCCGCUUCUGCUGAUUUAAGGAGGUUUUUGAAGAUGAAAAAGUUUAUGGCCUUACUUUCGGCCAGGACUUGUAUUGGAAAGACAUGAAUAAAAAAUAGUGGAAUAGCGGAAGGGAUGAAGGAGAAUUUCCUUUUCUAUAUAAGCUACUGACUUUUUCUUUGCUUUUUUGAGGCAGCCCUCAAAACCAGAGCCCUGUCAACUUUUCUGCAGUGGUGGACAGAUACAGAAUGAGAUUAACAAGUGCAAAGCGCUCCUGUUUUGGUAGUGUAUUGUACUUAAAACAAGCCCCCAACUGCAAAAUCCUGUAGACUAUAAGCACAAAAUAAGGUGGAAACAUAGGACAAUGAAUACUAUUUUCCCUAGGAAUAUAAAAGAAUAAAUGUACAUUCUUCAUAAAUCAGUUGACUUAAAUAUUCAGUUUAACAAUACGAUAUGCAAACAUGCAGCUCAAAAUGCGGGAUUAUUCUAAAUUCAGUGAAAUUUACAUUCCCAUCCUCAAUAUGUUCAUUUGGAUGUAAGAUUUAUUGUUUUGAAUAGGAUAUGCCUGCAAAAAGCAUGCUUAAGAUACGCCUGCAAAUAGUGGGCUUAAUCCAUUUAUUAUUUAACAGGUUUUGGGUUUUAUGACAGUGGGUUACCACCAUAGAUCCAUUAUAUGGAUGUUGACUGCUAUCUUUCUCCUGUGGAAUUAAUAGCAUGCAAAUAUAUUCAGGAUUAUGUCAUAAACUGAUUUAAUGUGAGUAAAUUGCUAUUCCUUGGGUUAUAUUGUACUGUGUUUAAGUGAAGGAGUUAAAAGUAAUUUUACUGUGUGUGUGCACGCACAUUCUUUUCAUGGAGGGAAACAAAGAAGUCAAUUGUACAGUUUCAAUUGUAAUUAUAGAAUAUAUGUAUAUGGCCCGAUAUUUUUAAAAUGGCAUUUGGUUAUCUUUGUCAUACACAACAAGGAGGCAAAAGCCAGUGAAGUAGAAGAAACAAUGCACAUAUUUUAAAACACUGAAGUACUAUUGUAUCUGAAGAAGGUAUUUUGAAUUUUCUUGGGCUGUCAUGUCUGAAGAUGGCUUGUUGGAGGAGGACGUUUGGGAAUACAAAUCUGUUAUGAAGCGGAAGUCAGUAGGCCAGAAUCCAGAAGACUUCUGUACAAAUGUACAGAAAACAAGCAAUGGAAAGUCACAAAGAAAUGGCAAUAGGAAAAUAUCAGAAGAAAGAGAGACCCGAAAGAAAACAAAGAAGGGACCAAGGCAGGGAGGUAGCCAAACACCCUUAAAACCAGAUCGACAUUUCAGUAUUUCCAGCGAUGAGACUGUUGUACAGUUACAAGAAAGCAUCUCAUCAACUUCAUCAAAGCAAAAGAAAAACCACAAGAAGCAAAGCCCCUCAAAAGCACGCCCAGUUUAUGAAGGACACUGUCCAAGUUGCCAGAUGCCAUUCUCUUUGCUGUUGAUCGAAACACCUCAAUGGCAUGUUAUGGAAUGUUUAGAUGGCUCAAAGACUGCUGAAAAAGAGUGCCCUGAUGGUCUUCUAUGCAUUUCAACCAUUCCUUCUCAUUACAAACGUUACAGUCAUUUCCUUCUUGCUGCAAGCCGAGCAGGGGAAUAUAUUGCUGAAUUAUCCCCAUAUAAUGUAGGAAAUAAUUUCUUUAGUCUUGAUGCUGCUCCAUCCAUUAGCUGUAGUUCUUUCAACGAUGAGGUGUUACAGGAUCUGAAACAGUCCCAGAGUUUGGGAAAACCUCCAAGACAGUGUUUUCUGUUACCAAAACAGAGUUCAAUAGCUACAAAUUCUAUGGACAUAAGUGACAGAAAUGUUUCCUCUUUGGAAAACAUUAAAGAACCUAAACACAGAAUACAGUCUACAGGUGGAGUAAAGCAGGCUGAGUGUCAUGGUCUUCUUUCUCAAGAAACUGGUAGUGGUGAGGAUCUAGACAGAGGCUCUGAUCAACGAAGUAUGCUCAUCUCAGAAGGUGACCUAAGUGACUGUGAUAUUUCGUACUCUCCACUUAAUACAGAUGAGGAAGAGACUAUAGAGACAGAAGAUGAGGAGGACACAUCAGUAGUACCAAAGAUAAAACAUUUUCGGAAAAGAGUAUUUGAUAUUAAAAGCUUGGAAGAUAGGAGUGAAAGGACUAGAAUUUUUAAUAAGCCAUUUGAUGCUUCGCAACCAGGAGGUCAUGAACAUAACAGUGUUAAAAUAAUACAUGAUUGUACAACAAGUUAUGAAUCCUGUGAAGCAUCAAAUUCACUUCAAAGUCUGGAUGGAGUUUCUAAGCCUGUCUCCCAAAGUAGCGCGCUUAGCAGAGUUUUCAAUUCAACAGGUAUACCCGAUCAGUUGAAACAUCGCCCAGUAGACCAGACUAUCACUGUUAAAUGUAAAAGAACUGUGGAAGAACUUGAGUGGCUAAAAUUGAGCCCUUUUACCUUUAAUGCAGGUGAAUGUGGGUGGAGCAACUCUGAUAACUGUAACUGGGCAUGUACAGAUCCUACUAAGGGCACAUUGUUUUCAGAAUUCAGAGAAGAAGGUACUGAAUCUUUUCUGCCUGGUCUAAGUGAUACUGUGGAGGAACCCAGUAGUAGCUUAGAUACUAAAGGUAAAAGUGUUACUGGUACAUGUAAAAACAAGUUGGCUCAUAACAAUUCAUAUUCAGUCAGAGAAAAAGAGAGAAAGCUUUGUAAUAACAUAGCUAUACCUGUUUUCCCCUGUACAAUCACUAAAAUGUUGCCAGAUGUUUCUGCUGAAAACACUAAGAUCCAAACCACCCAUUCCAAGGAACUAAAGCAAAUGGAUAUUGGUGUUUUCUUUGGGUUACAACCGAAAGCAAAAAUGGAAAGUGACCAAAAGAAAAAUCUCUGCAACAGUACACAGACUUUGAGUCCGCCGGCUGCAGUAGGAAAGAGGCCCAGAGCUCAAAAGAGGAAAGCUGAAAGAUCAGUGGAAGACUCUGAUACUAUCACAAAAAGUUCAAGGAAAAAUGCCAUUCCUGGAGAUCCAACAUCUGGUGGGCAAAGAAGAUGGACAAAGAGGUUUAGAGAGUCAUGCCCUGCUGAAGUGGAAGCAAGAAAAAAAGUGUGUCCCUUCUAUAAGAAGAUACCAGGAAUGGGCUUUGUAGUAGAUGCAUUCCAGUAUGGAGAAAUUGAAGGAUGCAAGGCUUAUUUCCUUACACAUUUCCAUUCUGAUCAUUAUGGUGGCCUAACUAAAAGGUUUGCACUCCCAAUAUACUGCAAUAAGAUUACUGGAAACCUGGUAAAGAGCAAACUUCGAGUGCAAGAACAGUACAUCCAUAUCCUGCCAAUGAAUAAAGAAUGCAUAAUAAACGGCAUCAAAGUGGUGUUGCUCGAUGCUAAUCAUUGUCCUGGUGCUGCAAUGAUCCUUUUUGUUUUUCCAAAUGGGACUAGUAUAUUACACACAGGAGACUUUAGGGCAGAUCCUUCUAUGGAACGCUGUCCUUUUCUGAUUGGUCGAAAAGUUUAUACUCUCUACUUAGAUACAACAUACUGUAGUCCUGAGUACACUUUUCCUUCCCAGCAAGAAGUGAUUCAAUUUGCUGUCAAUACUGCCUUUGAAACAGUGACUUUAAACCCACGAACGUUAGUUGUUUGUGGCACGUAUUCUGUUGGAAAAGAAAAGGUCUUUUUAGCUAUUGCUGAAGUUCUGUGCUCAAGAGUGAGCAUGUCCAAAGAGAAAUACAAAACACUGAAGUGCCUGGAAUCGGCAACAAUCAGUUCCCUCAUCACCCUCGAAUGGAAUAAUACUUUGCUUCACCUUCUACCUAUGAUGCAAAUUAACUUUAAGAGUUUGCAGAACCACUUGAGCAAGUUCUCUGAGAAUUUUGAUCAAAUUUUGGCUUUUAAGCCCACUGGGUGGACUUAUUCAGAUGGGUGUUGCUCUUUGAGUGAAAUUCAACCUCAGACCAAAGGAAAGAUCUCUAUAUAUGGGAUCCCUUACAGUGAGCACAGCAGCUUCCUUGAAAUGAAACGAUUUGUCCAGUGGCUGAAGCCUCAGAAAAUUAUCCCUACUGUAAAUGUCGGAAAUUGGAAAGCAAGAAAUGAAAUGGAGAAGCAUUUCAGAGACUGGAAGAUGGAAGUUGCAGGAUGGAACUAGGAAGAGGAGUAGUUACAGCGGCUGUAUGCCUUACAUUCCAUUUCAGUUUUUCUGUCUUUUAUUUGACUCUGACCUAUGGAGAAGUUAUAGUACAAUACAGUAUUUCCACUUUUCCUGAUCAGAAAGAUAUUGUUUGUUAUUAGAGGAAGUAGUUGUACUUGGUAGAAACUUUGCCCAGAAAAGCACUUUAAAGAAAUGUAAAAUGUUAAGUACCUUUGUAAGAGAUCUAGGCUCCUUAGAUGGCAUAAAUAAGUCCUCUAGAUAGGUAAGAAAGUGUCGUAAAUCCCUGUCGUACUGAAGUAACUGUUUGGGUCCCAGGAGUCAGACUAGUAUGUAAAUAUCUUAGUGGGGGAUUUCAUGCUACAUGUUUUGUGGUCUCCAGCAUCCAGAUGUAAGAUGUUUGCUCCUAAGAUGGGGGCAUAUACUCUGCCAAUCAGCAGCCUUGCCUAAACUGUUUAAACUAUGUGGGGCUUUCCUGAAACUUUCAUGACCAAAAGCUUUCUGAACAACAAUUUCAUAUGAUGAAUAUAGUGGACUAACGUCUAGGUCACAUUUCCCUCCCUCAUCCCUGAGAUAGUCCGAAUGCACUACAUGGGCCUAAGUUGUAGGGCAAGACAGUAGCAUGAGUCUGUAGAAUGAUCAGUCUCUCUCUUUCUCUCUCAGCAGGUAGAAGUCUUAAUACUCCUUAUUUGCAUCAUUAGUGAAUGUUGCACACAAGUGUGGAACAAAACAAUUAAUUUCAAGUAAUAUAUAUUAAUGAGAAUAUUGUAUCAUACAUUUUUAUAAAAGAAAUAUAUUUUAAUAAAUUACCUAAAUACAUCUGUUUUGUUUACAUUUUGCAUGCAGGUCAUUUAAUAAUUAAUAAAAUGCAGGAAAGGUUCUCAAGGUG